GCAGUGGUAGCAGUUAGCCGUUUCUGGUCUUAGUAGUCUCUCUGCAUGGUGAAGCUGUUUCUCCGUUCUUCUUUCUUGGCCUUUUUUCUCUUCUACGUGAAAUGAAGAAGUGAGUGUCAGACCUGCAGACAAAGUCGCAGUAGGAGAGCAACGAACACAGAUUGGUCGGUUAAAUCCGAAUAAGGUGACAAAGCAUUGGCGUGAGAGCCAUAUCGUGACACGAACGACAGCAAUGACCCAUAACCCUUGGCAGGGGUCUACAGGCCCUUAUCGGUGCUCUCUGCUCAGUCUUCUCCGUGAUCCAUUUUGAGGUAAAAGCCCGGACCUCACCUCGGGGUCCCUCUCCAUAAACGAACGAAUCAUCACAAAGAGAGAACGGGUGUCAAGGGCAAUCUCGAGCCAGACAUCCGAGUUUACCAUGAAACAUCCUCUUUGCACCAACAGUCGAUCAUCCUGUGUCCACCUAGUUGGGCAGUGGCUGCCGUUCCCAAAGCUUUUUGCUUGUGCAGUUUUUGUCUCUGAAACAUAGAAGUGGUGGUGGUGGUCGUGGCUGUCGAAACGUCGUUCUUGAAUUGCCUGGGCUUCGGGGGUCGUCUAUUUCCUUGAACUUUUUUUUAAGGGGAGGGGGCUAAACAAAAAUGCUCUUCUUCUUCUCCGUCGUCGUCUCCGGUUAGAUUGGGUGGUGGUACGGUGGGUAGUCCCUAUAUCCAAUUCAAACAACCACACCCGACCCGACACCCCAUCUUCCAAUUCUGCAUUUUUUCUCCUUUAGCGAAGAAGCUGCGGCUGUUCUUUUUUGUUGUUCCCAGGUCUUACGGUGGGAUCGUAGAGCGGCGGGUGCUCUAAAUAGAGGUCAGUCCCUCGCCGUCUAAGGAAGCGUGUCCUCUUCGGCUUCAGCCUCGGCUUCCGUGUCUGUGACAAAAACACAAAAACACUCGGCUAACUGUGAUAUCUUCAAUACCUAAAAGCCCUUUUUGGGUCUCGAAACAAAGUGCUCCCUUCAGUUAGACGUUUGAGACUUGUGGAGGAAGUUUCAAAGGCUCCAAUCUCGCACUCCAUAGAACUCAUAAAUGCAAUCUUGAUACCGUUUCUCAAAACGACUUAGUGUGAAUUAUGUUCUGACCUGAAUACUGUUCCCUGAUACGCCCUUGAAUUCAAACAAAGAAAACUGCGCUCGUCGCUCUCUUCUCGAGGGAUCCUUUUCUGCUUGAACUGCCGCACCCGGCUUUUUGGGGGUGGGUGGGGGGAAGAGGGGGAUCCAAUUCAACCUCGUUUAUUCUCUGGCUAAAUAAGGAUGUUUCCCUGAGAGCCAAGCCUAAAUCAGUCGUUUUCUGUAUUUGCAAUUCCUCGGUGCAUCAUAAAGACCUCUCCUUGGUCUUUGCUUGUGGUUUUAUUGCGACACAGCCCAUGCAGAACGAUGGCGUGGGUACUCGAAGGUUUUCGAUAACCUUGGAUUAACAGCAAAGUGAAUCUAGAUUGGAAGUAAAAGAAUGGCUCGACAUUCUCACUUUCAUUCGGACAAAGUGUCGUCCUCGUCAGACCAUCAGCAUCACCAUCACAGUCGGAGCAAAAGUGCCGGCAACAAGCAUCAUUCCUCCUCCAAUGGGACAGACCUCUCGAGUAAUGGCGUCAAGAAUGGUUCAGCCGCGGGCUAUUACACGAACGGGAACUCUGCGACAGGGAACGGUCACUGGAAAAUGGCCCGAGUCUUCAAUGAUGGUGACGAGUCCACGAUCAAUCGGAAGUUGCCGAAAGAGCUCUUGCUCAGGAUCUUUUCUCAUUUGGAUGUGGUGUCUUUGUGUCGAUGCGCUCAAGUGUCGAAGGCGUGGAACAUCCUGGCCUUGGAUGGAUCAAAUUGGCAAAGGGUGGAUCUCUUUGAUUUUCAGACGGACAUUGAGAGUGUCGUAGUGGAGAAUAUCGCCUUGCGUUGUGGUGGGUUCUUGAGGAAGCUGAGCUUGCGGGGUUGUCAGCAAGUGGGUGAUGAGGCUUUGGCUACGUUCUCCAUGUACUGCAACAACAUUGAAUAUCUCAAUCUCAAGUAUUGCAAAAAAAUCACGGAUCGAACUUGUCAGAGCCUCUCGCUCCAUUGCCACAAAUUGCAAUAUUUGGACUUGAAUAGUUGUUCAAUGGUAACAGACAUGUCCCUCCACUACCUGGCCAUGGGUUGUACGUCCUUGAAACAUUUGGACAUAUCCUGGUGCGAAAUGAUCACAAGCGACGGGAUCAUUCCUAUGGCUCAGGGUUGCCCGAAACUGGAGACUUUCAUAUGCAAAGGGUGUGUCCAGAUCAAGGACAUUGGCUUGAUGAUCUUUGCCGUGGCUUGUCCAAAUCUUCAGCAUGUCUCCAUUCAAGGAUGCCGGAACAUCCAGGAUCAAGGAAUCAUAGAAUUGGCCCUCCAUUCCCCGCAGCUUCAGUAUUUGUGCGUGUCGAAUUGCUCUCAGUUGACCGAUUUGUCGCUCACGGCCUUGGCCAACAACUGCACCCAACUCACCACUCUCGAAUGUGCUUCAGUGUCUCAGUUCACCGACACCGGAUUCCAGGCGUUAGCUCGGAAUUGUCAUUUGAUGGAGCGCAUGGACCUCGAGGAGUGCGUCCUCAUCACGGACGCCACGCUUCGCGUAUUGGCUGCUUGCUGUCCACGACUGGAGUUCCUCAGUCUUUCCCAUUGCGAGCUCAUCACGGAUGAGGGAAUUCGCCAGCUGGGCAUGGCUUCUUGUUCAGCUGAGCAUUUGACCGUCCUGGAGUUAGACAACCUACCAUUGAUCACGGACUCAUCCUUGGACCACUUGGUGGCUUGCCAUAAUCUCCAACGCAUUGAACUCUACGAUUGUCAGUUGAUCACCCGUGCAGGGAUCCGGCGACUUCGGAAUCAUUUGCCCAAUAUAAAAGUACACGCUUAUUUCGCACCUGUGACCCCACCUCCUAAUGCCACCGGCACUCGCCAACGAUACUGUCGUUGUUGUGUCAUCCUCUAAAAAAUUCAAGCCAAUGGGUCGGUGGGAACGUCGAGCCCAAGGUGGAUAUUUAUCUGCGAAACCCCACAAGUAAAGUACUAGCCACGGUUUUGAGGCCCACAGCAUAACCUAUGGGGGCCCAAUGACUUCCAAUUCUAGUAGUGGUGGCCGGAUUGGAUCAACAAAAACCCAUCAUCAAGCACAACCCGAUAGAAGUUUUGCUCCUUCAAUAUCGAUCCUAUCCUGCUUUGGUGUGCUAGACACAUUUUAUCCUGCUCCUUCUUGCAGUCCGCGAACAACGUUCUUCUAAAUCGGGUUAUUGUGGUCCAUGGGACAAGUCCAACACCAAAGUGAUUAGCGGAAUCACUCAGAUCCCUUGAUCUUGCUAGGUUACUCAUACAUACAUUCAAACAUACAUACAGUACAGUGAAGUGCUUACCACUCGAGGCCCACUGAAAACAAUUUCGGAUCGAACAAAAAAAUGUAACCGCAGAGGCACCACAGUCCCUUUUGAGCAAUCUCUCGUCACGGUCUUUUCUUUUACAGAAAUAGAGCAUUGAGAAUGUUGCCUCGACGAGAUCGAUGAUCAUCACCCGAGACGAACCCAAUCUAAAACUACAAUUUUGUACUUUGCGACCGUUUUGUUCUUCAAAUAUGAAAAAAUAAGAAUCCAUCGCGCGUUACUUUCCAGAUGCGCUUCAUCUCUCUCAGCGAUAAGAUCCAAGCACCUGCAGCAUCCCACUCUCAGACUUCUAUUGCAUCGCCAUUAGAUGGAAAGAUAGAUGAAAGAGAAUUCCUUGGGCACCAAAUUCAUCCUAAAUAAACGUUUUAUUAUCAAUGUG